UUGUUGUUUAGUACCGCAAAAAUGGCCACACUGACAAUCAAGAAGCUGUCUGCUGACGAGGAAUACCCUGACCUAAGCCAACACAACAACCACAUGGCCAAGGUCUUAACCAAGGACAUGUACAAGACACUGAGAGAGCGCUCCACGCCCAAUGGAUUCACCAUAGAUGGUGUCAUUCAGACGGGGGUGGAUAAUCCUGGCCACCCAUUUAUCAUGACAGUGGGCUGCGUGGCAGGAGAUGAGGAGUCCUAUGAAGUUUUUAAGGAGCUGCUGGACCCUGUCAUUGAGGACCGACAUGGAGGAUACAAGCCCACAGAUAAACACAAGACUGACAUGAACGCUGAUAAUCUGAAGGGUGGGGAUGACCUGGACCCCAACUACGUCCUCAGCUCCCGAGUCCGAACCGGCAGGAGCAUCCGUGGGUUCUGCCUGCCCCCCCACUGCAGCCGUGGAGAGCGGCGUGCCAUUGAGAAACUCUCCAUUGAAGCAUUAAGUGCCCUGGAUGGGGACUUGGAAGGCAAAUACUAUGCUCUAAAGAACAUGACAGACGAAGAACAGCAGCAGCUAAUUGAUGACCACUUCCUGUUUGACAAGCCUGUCUCUCCUUUGUUACUGUCUGCUGGAAUGGCUCGUGACUGGCCCGAUGGCAGGGGAAUUUGGCACAACAACAACAAGACUUUCCUAGUCUGGAUCAACGAGGAGGAUCACCUCCGUGUCAUUUCCAUGCAGAAGGGAGGGAACAUGAGGGAGGUCUUCACUCGCUUCUGCACUGGCCUCUCCAAGAUUGAAUCCCUGUUCAAGCAGAAGAGCCAUGAGUUCAUGUGGAACGAGCACUUGGGCUAUGUCCUGACCUGCCCCUCGAACCUGGGCACUGGCCUCCGUGGCGGAGUACACGUGAAGCUGCCCAACCUCAGCAAACACGGCAAAUUUGAUGAGGUUCUGGAGAGGCUGAGGCUCCAGAAGCGUGGAACAGGUGGUGUGGACACCGCAGCUGUGGAUGGCACCUUUGACAUCUCCAACGCUGACCGCCUGGGCUUCUCUGAGGUGGAGCUGGUGCAGAUGGUGGUGGAUGGAGUCAAGCUGCUGGUAGAGAUGGAGAAGCGUCUGGAGAAGGACCAGCCCAUCGAUGACCUCAUGCCUGCACAGAAGUGA